AUGCCUUCUGCCGUUGACAGUAUCCCAAUUGCCUCCAUUGAGACAAUCAACUACUCCGCUCUCGAAAGACGAGAUGCGAAAGAGAUUGAAAAGCUCAUGGCUGCAAGCCGUACAGCCGGAUUCUUCUACCUAGACUUUGACCAUAGUGGUGCAGCUGGCCUGCCCAAGAAGAAGAAGGAAGUUCUCAAGGCGAUGAAAGAAUAUUUUGGUCAGCCCGAUGACAUCAAGCAACUUGAUAGCAAGGGCGUUCCUACGCGCGGAUAUGUCAAAAAGGGCACCUUCACUGCCGUCGAUCCCAGCCGCCCCGAUGAAUCUUUUGAGCAUCUUGCUAUUGGGACGCACGACUUGGGAACCAAUCUAGCUUCCACGCUUCCUGCUCUGUUCAAGAAGGCUGGAACUCUCAUUCCCGACUACGUAGCUCUUUGCGAGCGUGUAGUCGACGUUUUGCUGGACUGCUACUCUCGGGCUCUAGGCGUCCCUGGCCAGUUCCUUGAGUAUCACGACCACGAAAAAUCAUCUGAUACCAUCCUUGCCAUGCUGAGCUAUCCGGGAAAGCUCACCCAUCAAAAACAUACCGAUCUGGGGUCCUUGACUAUUCUCUUUAGCGAUGAGUGGGGACUUCAGGUUGUUGAGCCCAGCAACGGCAAUUGGGAGUGGGUCGAGCCGCGGGAGAACGACGCCGUCAUCAAUGUUGGCGACGCUCUUCGCUUCCUCUCGGGCAAAACCUUGUAUUCCUGUGUUCACAGGGUUGUCAGGGAUGGUCGUGCGAGUGAUGAGGGGCAUAGAUAUUCCAUCGCCUACCUUCUGCGUCCCGGGGACGACGUAACCUUUGUCGACGCCGAUGGGUCCAGGGUUACCGCCCAGUCUCUGGCCAGUAUCAAGUAUAGAGCUUAUUCUGCGGACCAUGCUGAGCAGGAGAAGAACACGGUCCUGACUGGUGGAAUGGAACAGGUACUUGGUGUCCGUGCCUAG